UUCACUAAACCCUGUUACCAAAAACAAACAACCUCAUCUUGUUUCUCUUCUACCUUUUAGUUCCCAAUGGUAACCCUUUCGCUUCUGCAUAAUCUAAACCUCCCUCUUCUCUUCAACCCUUCCACACACCAAAACCCUAUCCUCAAAAUCCAAAGCCCUAUCUCUUCAAUCUCUCUCAAACCCUCACAACUCCGCUGUUCCCAUUCCGCCACUGUUCCCGCUCCUUCUCCGCCACCUCCAGUUCGCAUCUCACGCGGCCCAAAAAUCGAAGCACGCCAUGCCCCACGUGAUUACCUUGUCAUCACUCGAGGUUACAGUUUCAUAGAUGCAGAUUUUAUCUCCAAAAACUCUCCACAUUUUAUCAAUUCGCUUAUCUUCAGAGUCAGAAUCAACAUCAGAGACCAUGAUUUUCCUCAGGCUCUCAGAAGGUAUCUUAUGCUUCACCCUAUUAAUGAAUUUGAACCCUUUUUAGAGAGUAUAGGGAUUCAUCCAAGGGAAUUGAACUUACUUUUGCCUAAAGAUUUGAUUUUUCUUAAUGAUGAUAGUGUUUUGGUUGAUAAUUUUCAUGUUUUGUUUAAUCACGGGGUUCCGAGGAAUAGAAUGUGGAAGAUUUAUAGAGAUGCAAGAGAGGUUUUUGGGUAUGGGAGUGGCGUUUUGUCCAAGAAAUUUGAGAGUUAUGAGAAUUUGGGGUUGAGUAAAUCUUCUGUUGUGAAGCUGUUUGUUUGUUGUCCAUUGCUUUUAGUUGGCAACGAGGUUGAUCCUCAAUUUGUUGUUGUUCUUGAUCGGUUGAAGAGAAUUGGGAUUGAUAUCGGAUGGUUUGUCAAUUGUAUGUUGCCCUCGAGAACAUAUAGAUGGAAAGCGAUUAUUGAUAAUAUAGAGUUUUUUCGUCAAGGGGGAUAUUCUGAGAAAGAAAUGUAUGAUUUGUUUACGGCGGAUCCUAAAUUGUUGUUGGAUGGUUUAGGAAAGAGGACAUAUUUGGUUGUAGGUCAGUUGAUUAAGUCCGGUCUUGACGUGGAUGAGAUUUGUUCUUGUUUCAGAGAGCAUCCUGAUGUGUUGUCAAGUCCGCGUAUGACAAAUUUGAUGUUUGUGAUUUCUUUUAUGUAUAAUGUUCGAAUGGACCAAGAUGCUAUUGCUCAUGUUUUGUAUAACUACAUGCAUGAACUUAGCAAACUUUCGAUAAAAGGUUAUACAACUAUGUCUAAAGAGUUGGGAGUUCGAGAAGGUGAUUUAUGUGAAAUGAUCCAGGAUGAUCCGUUAGAAUUUUUUAGUUUGGCUUUAAAACCGAAGCAAAAGAAAGAUAUAAAUAAAUUCAGAUAUGACCCGCAUAAUUAUUUGGAGAAAACAAGUUUCUUGCAGAAGCUAGGAUAUAAUGAUAACUCUGAGGAGAUGGAAAUAGCUAUGAAGAGGUUUGAAGGGAAAGGUGAUAAGUUACAAGAGAGAUUUGAUUGUCUGGUUGAAGCUGGUUUGGAAUAUAACACUGUAGUUGGAAUGGUAAAGCGAAUUCCUAGUAUUCUAAGCAUUGAGAAAACUCUAUUGCAAAAGAAGAUUGAUUUCUUAAAAAACACUUUAGGUUACCCGAUAGAAUCUCUCGUGGGAUAUCGAUAUCCAUCGUAUUUUACCAAUAACUUGGACCAAAUGUAUGCAAGAUUUGCAAUGUAUGAGUGGUUGAAGAGGAGGACUGAUAUAAAUCCCGAGCUAUCCCUCGCUACCAUAUUUGCAUCUUCUGAGAAACGGUUUCUAAAAAUCUUUGUGAAUAAGCAUCCUGAAGGUCCAACGACUUGGCAAGCUAUAAACAGUUUAUCUGACAAAUUUAAGAAUUAACCGCACCUUAUAAGUUUAGUUGAGAUGUAAAUACAGGCUUGGCUAAACCUUGCACUUACUUUGGUUUCAUUUUGGUUUUGUUUAAGGAUUAUUUUCAAUUCAGCUAAAUGAGAAUCAAUCAAGCACUUAUCGUCACUUAGUUUUCUGAAUGAAGAAAUAAUCUUAGUCUAUGUUGUCAAUAGCGCAUUAUAGCCGAAUAAUGUAGCGGUAGUAAGGUUAAGCGCGAAGCAAUGGGGUUGUGAGCCGCUGUCACCAACUGUGUUUGUUGAGGCCCAACCUGCUGUCUCUUUGUUAUUAUGGUUUUGGAGCAAAUUUUCUCAAAUCCCUUUUUUCAGAACCCUUGUAUUUUUUUUGGGAUAAAUGUCAAUUCACACCCCAUUUAAGGGUAAAAUUAUGUUCUUCAUUCUAUUAUAUUCAUACUCAAACAAUUGUUUUGUUAUUCUUAUUUUUAAUUCAAUCCUGUUAUGUCUUUUUUCUCUCUA